AUGGACGAGCUGCGCGCGUUUUAUCCCGACCGCGUCCCCAUCCAUCUCUCCAAUGGGAUUGCAUACGUUUGGGAGAGCCGCGAUGUGGAAUUUGUGCGCGCCAAACACAAUCUAUGUGGCCUGCUAAGCGGCACAUUACCGCUUAUUCCGCAGCAAAACGUAUUCCUCGGCUUGCCGCUGCGUCUCCUUCCCGAAGAAGUGGUCUUGCUGCUGCGGCGCGGCGCGGCAAUCUUGAUUGAUGAGGCACAUGCUUACUUUCCUCCGACUGAGGCAGAGCGCGAAGCGUUUUUUGAACGCGAAGCGCAGCGUAUUCUAGCCCAAAAGGAGGCGACAAUUCAGCAGCAGGAGGAACAUCGCAAACGCGUAGAGGAUGCCAUGCACGGCGAAAAUACGGUAGAUCCAAAAGCUUUGGAGAGGCGCCGUGCGCGUCAAGCAAGCAAGCAAGAAAAAAAUGCAGCCGCGCCCUCUGCUGUGCCCCAAGAUCCUGCAUCCGUGCUGGAGCGCAUGCCCUACGUGCACUAUACCCAGGGUUCCUCUAAGGAGGUACCUGGCUACCGCCCCUUGACGCGCACGAUGCAGAGCGUGAAAGAUGGUAAAGUUAAUGCGUAUGAUACACUCAAAGACGCUGCGCUUGCAGAGGUAUGGGAAUACCCCAAGACGGCCGAGCAGCGUGCACGGUGUGCGGUAUUCGAAGACCUGCAUGGGAAAGGGUAUUUCAUGAGCACGGGCUUGCGCUUUGGUGGCGAUUUUGUUGUGUACCCUGGCGAUCCUUUGCGGUACCAUUCGCACUUCACAGUGACGGUGCUUACGACGCCGGACCAGCCACUAGCGGCAUUCCAAAUUAUUGCUUCGGGUCGACUGGGCACGGCGGUGAAGAAAUCGCACUUGCUCAGCCAGGCGUAUCUCACAUCUACAGACGAUGAGGUUGCAUGGAUGCAGCGCACAGAAGGACUCGACGAUGCGUCCAACGCAGUGGCAAGGUCGUGGGGCGGCGUGCAACAUUGGAGCUUGGCUUGGGCUGGAUUCGGUACAUAG